AUGGACGACGCGACUCUCGUAUCACUGUCCCUCGAUGAUAUCGAAUCCUACGAGUCCGUCAACAAGCUCUUUGUAAAGCCGUCGCUUGCGCGAAAGCUGUCUCUCUUGUCGGUCUCGUCAAGUGACAGUACAGACACCCUCCUCCCUCAGCCAGUCGCCUCGUCAAUCGGCACAGAGACGCUACACACGCGAACGAGGUCCAUACUCAAGCGCCUCGCCUCGUACAUCCGCCGCUCUCCCGGAAUGGCCGUCUCGCUCCUCGAUGUAGUCGACCCAUUCAUUGUGCUGCUCUUCGGGAUCAUCCCCGCGUUAUUCGGUUUCAUCAUCCUGGGUGGUUAUGAGCCGUAUCAUUCCGCCGACGGAGGGAUAUGGGCUGCAAGCGCCGCCGGUGGCGCGGUCUUGGGGCUCGUUAGCGGGAUCCUGGUAGGCACCGUCGGACUUCGCACGGAAACCCGCGACCGUAACGUAUGGCUGGCCAUUGCUGGGCUGGCUAUCCUAGCUGGCGUUUUUGGACAAGCACUCGGAGUGAUCAUGCUACCUGCGGGAAAAUCUGGAGGGCUGGAUGUGGUACACGCGCUAAAAGCAAUAUGUCAUGAUGAACUUCACCAGACGUCAAAAAGUGCGACUACCGUAGGGCUUGUUGCGCGGUAUUAUUUCCUGCACAGCUGUUUCCCGAACCAAACGACGUACAGCAAUGCUGAAGCACUCACCUGCGCUUGGCGUGCAUCAGGCUCAUGCAUUGUCCGCGUUGAGGUGAUCACCCCCAAUGAUUCACAGGAUGACCGCGUCUUGCCUCGUGUCUAG